CUCACUCGGCUCACUGUGGCCGCCGCUCUCAAAGUAGCUUCCAGACUUGUUAAAGCUGGUUCAUUUGACAAAGUGUCAAUAAUGUAGCUCUACCUGUAGCCACGUGUUUACGCCCCGAAAGGAAAGCGCGUGUGGUUCUCUCACAUCGUGCACGAUGUGGUUUUAGUUUUAGAUUGACCAGAUAAAGAGCUGAAGUUCCUCCGUGUGAGAUGGAUAACGUCAAGCUGACCAGAGGCAGCUCCUUCAGCCAGUUAGCCUUCUCGUCAGCUGACUGAACAUUAAAAUAUGAACGUUCAUCGACGCCUUUGGAACAAGUCGCUGUUUGUGCGUGCAGCUGCUUAACAACCGAAGCGGGGAGCUGUGAGCCUGCAGCUCGUCCCGGCUGCAGCGCUGGCCUAGGAAGCUAGCAGAGAGCUAGCUAGUUGCACGGCUGGCUCAUCCGCCAAAGUGCGUGUUGUUGACGGCCACCCUGCCAGCCAUGGAUGCUGUGACCGACACUUGCCCUGCGGUACACCAAAACGGGACCGCCCACCGGGAGUCUGUGGACCCGACGCCGGCGGCAGCAGUAUUGAGGCUCCACUUCUACCACAACAGCCAAGGAGCGGGCGACAGCGGCGGCCCGCUCAGCUACCCUCCUGGGGACUAUGUGACUGAGGAGCUGUGUAUAGAUGCUGCCAAGGCUUGCAGUAUAUCACCGCUCUACUGCAGCCUCUUCGGCCUCUUCAGAGAGCGGGACCGUUUGUGGUUUUCACCAAACCACAUCUUCCAGCUCGACGACUCGGCUUCUGAAGAUCUGUUUUUCAGAAUACGGUACUACUUUCCUGGCUGGUACAGUGGAGGAGCGUCCCGGUCGUAUCGGUACGGGGUCACCAAGGGGGCAGAAAGCCCUGUACUUGAUGACUCUGUAAUGUCAUACCUGUUCUUUCAGUGGAGGUAUGACUUUGUCAACAGCUUAGUGAAGAUCCCCAACUCCCACGAGACCCAGGAGGAGUGCCUCGGUAUGGCUGUGCUCGACAUGACGAGGACGGCCAAGGAGAGGCAGAUGUCGCCUCUGGACAUCUACCACACUAUAAGCUACAAGUCCUUCCUGCCGAAGGACAUGAGAGCUCAGAUCCAGGACUGCAAUUUCCUGACGCGCAAGCGGAUCCGCUUCCGCUUCAAGCGCUUCAUCCAGCAGUUCAGCCAGUGCCGGACCACACUGCGCGACCUCAAGCUCAAGUACCUCAUCAGCAUGGAGUCUCUGGAGAAGGCCUUCUACACGGAGACGUUCCCGGUCAAGGAGCCGUCCAGCGGACAGGUCAUCCUCCACGUGGCGGCAGACACGGGCAUACAGUGGUGUCGGAAGAAGAUGAAGGACUCGGACCAGGAACUUCAGACUUUGUGUGACUUUCCUGACAUCACUGACAUCGGCAUCAAACAGGCCAACAAGGACGGCACGGCAGAGAGCCGGGUGGUCACCAUCAACAAACAGGACGGCAAAAGUCUGGAACUGGAGUUUCCCAACCUGUGUGAAGCCCUCUCGUUCGUGUCCCUGAUCGACGGCUACUACCGGCUGACCACAGACGCACAUCACUACCUUUGUAAGGAGGCGGCCCCCCUCCGGCUCGUCGAGUCCAUAUCCUCUCACUGCCACGGCCCCGUCUCGAUGGAGUUUGCCGUCAACCGGCUUCAGAAGUGCGGGAACAAGCGAGGGCUUUACAUCCUGAGAUGCAGCCCAAAAGACUUCAACAAGUACUUUCUGACGUUCCCUGUUGAGGCGUACGACACUGUGGAGUACAAGCACUGCCUGGUAACCAGGUCUGCCUGCGGAGAGUUCAAUCUCAGUGGAACCAAGAGGAACUUCAGUAGCCUGCAGGAGCUGCUCCUCUGCUACCAAAAGGAAACCGUGCGCUCAGACGCCAUCACUUUCCAGUUCAGCAAGUGCUGUCCUCCUAAAGCCAAAGAAAAGUCCUGCCUCCUCGUGUGCAGAAGCAACAAAGGCUCCGAAGUGCCUCCUUCUCCAUCCCUGCAUCGGCACAACAUCAGCCAGAUGGUUUUCCACAAGAUCCGCAAAGAAGACCUGGAAUUUAUGGAUAGUCUGGGUCAAGGGACGUUCACAAAGAUCUUCAAAGGGGUCCGGAAGGAGCUGGGAGACUACGGGCUUGUGCACCAAACCGAGGUCGUCAUGAAAGUGUUGGAUCAGGCACACAGGAACUUCUCAGAGUCUUUUUUUGAAGCUGCCAGCAUGAUGAGCCAGUUGUCCCACAAGCACCUGAUCCUCAACUACGGCGUGUGUGUCUGCGGAGAAGAGAACAUCAUGGUUCAGGAGUACGUGAAGUUUGGCUCGCUGGACACGUACCUGAAGAAGAACAAGAACUCCAUCAACAUCCUGUGGAAGCUGGAGGUGGCCAAGCAGCUGGCCUGGGCCAUGAACUUCCUGGAAGAAAAGCAUCUGGUUCACGGAAACGUGUGCGCGAAGAAUGUUCUACUGAUCAGAGAGGAGGACCGCAGGGCGGGGAACCCCCCGUUUAUAAAGCUGAGCGACCCAGGGAUCAGCAUCACUGUCCUGCCUAAAGAGAUCCUGGUAGAGAGGAUCCCUUGGGUGCCCCCCGAGUGUGUCGAGGACCCUGCCAAGCUGAGCCUGGCCGGGGACAAGUGGAGCUUUGGCACCACACUGUGGGAAAUCUGCAGCGGCGGGGAGAAACCUUUAGCCACGCUGGACAACUCCAAGAAAACCCUGUUCUAUGAGCAUCGCCACCAGCUGCCCGCUCCGAAGUGGACCGAGCUGGCCAACCUGAUCACCAGCUGCAUGGACUACGAGCCCACCUUCAGGCCCACGUUUCGCGCCGUCAUCCGAGAUCUCCACAGCUUGUUCACACCAGACUAUGAGUUGAUCGUGGACAGUGACAUCCUGCCCAACAGGACGGUGGGCUCUGGCUGGACCACUGGAGGGUUCGAGAACCAGGAGCCCGCUCAGUUUGAGGAACGACACCUUAUAUUUCUGCAACAGCUGGGCAAGGGAAACUUCGGCAGCGUGGAGAUGUGUCGCUACGACCCGCUCCAGGACAACACGGGGGAGGUGGUGGCCGUGAAGAAGCUGCAGCACAGCACGGCCGAGCACAUCCGCGACUUCGAGCGGGAGAUCGAGAUCCUGAAGUCUCUCCAGCACGAGAACAUCGUCAAGUACAAGGGCGUCUGUUACAGCGCCGGCCGACAGAACCUCCGUCUCAUCAUGGAGUAUCUCCCCUUCGGGAGUCUGCGAGAUUACCUCAUUAAAAACAAGGAGCGGAUCGACCACAAGAAGCUGGUGCACUACACCUCUCAGAUCUGCAAGGGUAUGGAGUACCUGUCGAGCAAACGCUACAUCCACAGAGACCUGGCCACGAGGAACAUCCUGGUGGAGAGCAAGCUGAGGGUGAAGAUCGGAGACUUCGGCCUCACUAAAGUUCUGCCUCAGGACAAAGAAUACUACAUGGUCAAGGAGCCUGGAGAAAGCCCCAUAUUCUGGUAUGCCCCCGAGUCACUGACGGAGAGCAAGUUCUCGGUGGCGUCUGACGUCUGGAGCUUUGGAGUGGUGCUUUAUGAGCUCUUCACCCACAGCGAUAAAAACUGCAGUCCUCCUGCAGUGUUUAUGUCGAUGAUGGGGAACGAUAAGCAGGGCCAGCUGAUCGUCUAUCACCUCAUCGAGCUCCUCAAGUCAGGCAGCAGGCUGCCUCAGCCUCUGGGCUGUCCCACUGAGAUACACGAGAUCAUGGAGGAGUGCUGGGACAAAGACCCCUGCUUGCGUCCGUCCUUCAAGGAGCUGGCGCUGCGCAUCGACUUGUUCAGAGACAGCAAAGAGUUUUAGAAUCACCCCAAGUGCCGCGCUCCCCUUCAGCCGAGACACGGCUCGGUGUGGCAAAAGGGACAGAGGCCAAAGAAAAGCUCCUCCUCCUCCGGGGAUCCACUGGGAGAGCAGAGGACCCGCUCGUUAUCUACUGCCAGGGUGCCUUUAAUCAAGGCACCGACAACCCCUCCUCCCUCCGAACGGGAGGAUGGGAUGAUGGGACGGUUGAAGAAACCUGUUAAUGUGCUGAAUCAGCGUUUUAGAGGAGCGUGUGUAGCCACUGUGAGUAGACUGUUGCCAGGCCCCAAGCUGCACAUGCUUGUUGCAAACAGGUUCUGUGUGUGUGUGUGUGUGUGUGUCUGUGUGUGUAUGAGAGACUGUGUUUGUGUGCGCGAGGGUGUGUAGUGGUCCUACAAAGCGCUAGCGGGGCUAGCUCUUCUGCCAUCCCCAUCACCCAAAGAGAAAUAGGCUGGGAGAUCUGAAUGUUUUCUAUCUGUGUGUAUAUACUUACAGUGUAUUUGUGUACAUAUGUCCAGAAAGAAUUUUAUAAUUUUAUAAAAUGAAAAUAUAGUGAGUGCUAUAUUUCAGCUGCCGGCACGAUGCCGUUGUAAAAGAAGUACAUACAAAGUGAUUUUAAGAAAAAGUUUUCUGUUUUCAAUGUGAGAGGUGGUGUGAAGAUUAAAGAAC